UGAAACCAUGAAGGGCCGAGUUGCUGCUCUCGUUAUUGGUCUGGCACUUAUACAUGGCUCACUGGCUGUUAACUUGACAGAUUCAUCUGAAGAAGUGUUGUGGGGAGAUCGCCCAUUUCUGAAGGAGGGUCAUACAUUUGACGAAGAUGAACAUUUUGCUGAAGAAUGCAAUAAGCUGCUAAAAUACAGUGCCCAAGUGAUGAAAGAAUGCACUACUAAAAAGUGCCAGACGUACAAACAAUGUAACAAGGAGGGUGAUCACAUAAUCUGUAUGACACUCCAUCUCUUACAUGUGGAUGAAGUGUUAGGUUAUUUACAAAAUUAUGGCAUAGAAGGAGAAUCCCAGACAGAGCCAGAUGAAAUUGAAGGAGAUUCCAAGACAGAGCCAAAUGGAAAUGAAGAAGAAUUCCAGACAGAGCCAGAUGUAAUUGAAGGAGAUUCCCAGACUGAGCCAGAUGGAACUGCAGGAGAUUCACAGAUAGAGCCAGAUGGAAAUGAAGGAGAAUUCCAGACAGAGCAAGAUGGAAUUGAAGGAGAUUCUCAGAUAGAGCCAAAUGGAGAUGAGGGCGAUUCCCAAAUGGAGCCAAAUGGAAAUGAAGGAGAAUCCCAGACAGAGCCAAAUGGAAAUGAGGGAGAUUCCCAGACAGAGCCAAAUGGAAAUGAAGGGGAUUCCCGGACAGAGCCAAAUGGAAUGGAAGGAGAAUCCCAGACAGAGACAAAUGGAAAUGAAGAAGAAUCACAGAAAGAUCCAAACGGAAAUUAAGAAUCCAAUACAGAAUUAAGUGGAAAUGAAAUAUAAACCAAGACAGAGUUUUAAUUGAAAAUGACAAGCAAUCUGUGAAAGAGCAAAAAGAGAUUCCAGAAGUGGAUAAAAUAGAAGAUUCUUAGUUUGCUUUAUAUAAAAUAAUUGUAAUAAUUGUGUCUGCAAGUAGAGACAAAAGGGUAAUGCCUUAAGUUCCAUCUCAAUCUUUUUCACACUGUUCCCAUUCAUCUAACAAGAAAUAAACAAACAAACACACAAAUAAAUAACUAAAUAAAUAUUAAUAUUAAGUAUUGCCAGAGAUGUGUAUAUUAUAUUGUUUUUUCACCAAAUGAGUAAGAGAUCAUUUUAUCAUGGGGGGUAUUUUGGCAAUAACAUUUUAUGUCCCUAAUUAUAAUCUAACAGAAUGUUUAGACAAAUUAUUAUUGAACCACAGGCACAGAACUUGUUGGGGGUUGUAGUCCAAACAACUGCUGACGUAUAGGUUACAUAGUUAAAUCCAUGCAUUAGAUUUCCUUACACUUUGCUGCAGAAACAGUGAAGUGAAAUACUGCACCCACUCAUGUGCCUCCUACACAGUAUGGCCUGGGCAUAGCAUAGCAAGGAAAGCUUGAAAAGCAAAGCCAAUGAUAGCAAACGUACUGUAGAUGCAGUAUCAUAGAAAUAAUUUAAAGAUGCAGCAAGUUAUGUAAAUGGCAAUAAACAUUAAAUUAAUAAAAGUGCACAUGUUGA